AGUGAAGGUAGCAAACCAUCCGCUUUGCGGGAGGUGGUGAGAAGCGCGUUGGCUCUGGGUCGAGCCCCCCUGCACCGGGUCGGGGUUGGGGGGAGACUGUUCUUGUUUUAGUGGACUCCAUUCGGAAUGAGCUCAGGAGUUCCUGUUUCCCACCCUGCUGCUUGGGCUACCUUGGGUACAGCAUUAACUUCCAUCUGUGACACUGGGUGCCAAGUUGGUAUUCAGAUGCAAUAAUGAGAUGAUGUAUGAAAAGUCUUUUUUUAUUUAUUUACUUUUAUUUAUUUAUUUAUUUUUGCUUGUGCUGGGAAUUGAACCUUGCACAUCCAUUCCCAGUGAAGGUGUGAUUCCCGAAAUUUCCUUCCAGGGGUCAUAAUCAUUCUGCCCUUCCUUCCCCCCUUUGUCGACCUCUCCCUUUCCCACAGGCAGCCUCUACCUUGUUUUUCAGGAUCUGGAGAAUCAUCCACUGAUGGGUUUUGCCCAGGCCCCCCAAAAGUUGGAACUCUAGAGCUCUUUGAAGGAAAGGAAUUGCCAAAGGAAUCUUCCACGUGGGCACACACCAGGACCUGCAACUCGUGUGGUCCGUACAGGAGGACAAAGUGGGACUUGAGGAUUUGGGGCCAUGGCAGGGCCGAGCCUGCCCCUUCGUGUGGCCACGCUUCUGACGGGGCUGCUGGAAUGUCUUGGCUUUGCGGGUGUCCUCUUUGGCUGGGCUUCGCUAGUGUUUGUCUUCAAAACAGAAGGUUACUUUAAGGAGCUCUGUGAAGCAGAUGCUGGGCUCCUGAGCAACGCCACAGGGCAAGCCGACUGCAAAGCCCAGGACGAGAGGUUCUCUCUCAUCUUCACCGUGGCCUCCUUCAUGAACAACUUCAUGACGCUGCCCACUGGCUACAUCUUUGACCGUUUCAAGACCACCGUGGCCCGCCUCUUAGCCAUAUUUUUCUAUACCAGUGCCACUCUGACCAUAGCCUUCACCUCUGCAGACUCGGCUGUGUUGCUCUUCCUGGCCAUGCCCAUGCUCACCGUCGGGGGAAUCCUGUUCCUCAUCACCAACCUGCAGAUUGGGAACCUGUUUGGCAAACACCGUUCUACCAUCAUCACCCUCUACAACGGAGCAUUUGACUCUUCCUCUGCAAUCUUCCUAUUCAUUAAGGUAAAUAAUAGCAGAAUUUGGUAUUCUUUUUUUUUUUUUUUUUUAGGAAUGAAUCCUGAUGGGUUUAAGCCAACCACAGCAUCUCCCCCUACCCCACCACCACCACCAGUGAUGGUCAGAAGGGUGGAUCUGAGAAUGUUCCUGAAGCUAGGAAGAGGCAGGGCUGAGACGGGAACCCCAGGCCCGUCCUCUUCCCAGGCUACCAGAGCACCCCCUACUUUUCUGCAUAUUAGAAUCACUAGAAUCAUUUGGAGAUUAUUUUUGAAAAAUGGGAGCCUGGUUUUUACCCCCAGGCGUCCUGAUCGGAUCCCAUCUGGACCCUGGGGUGGUUCAAAGGUGGCUCCGUUGUGCAGGGAAAUGGGGAAAUGGGGAUCCACUGCACUGUUCCCUCCAGUCUGGGUCUUGGGUGCAGCUCACAGUCCCUGGCCUGGCUGCUGGGGCUUCUGUUUCCACAGCCUGUGUUCUGGGCGUGGUUCCAGAAAGGAAGAGAAGAAAACAGCUGAGCCCGAAAACAGGGAGCUGCAGUCAAAUGAGUGUCUUUCAUCAAACGGAGGUGAGCCCUGCUGGUCAGCUCAUCUCCCCUUCAGAACCUGGCCUUUCCUGCCACUCACCAAGGCCCUCACCUGGCUCCUCCCCUCAGGAGCACCCCAGGGGCUGAGUCAGGACAGGAGGGGUGGAGAAAGGACCUUCUCUGUCCCCUCACUUUGUAGAGGCAUUAGAGAGGGCAGGACUUUUGUCCCUUUUGUGUUCCUUCCCUGUGUUGCUCUUUUCUCUCUGCAUCUCUUCCUGCGCCCAGUGAAGUCUGCCUUCCAUUGUUUGGCUCCCCACCCCUACUCCAGGCCUGCUCUCACCUGCGGUGCCAGUGCACUGACGUUGGUUUCUUUGUCCCCAUGUCUGUCUCAUGGCUCUGCCCUCUCUCAUGGCCCCCUGUCUCCAUUGCUGCCUCCUUUCCUUCCUUUCUCUUUGGUUACAAAUCAGCCACUGCUGGCUAUGGGAGAAGUAAAGACAAGACUUGGAAGGAGGACACAGAGUUGUAGCCAAAGGAUACAAGGUAGCCAAAGGAUACUAGGAUUGUCUCGGCGCUUCGCCUGGCACCUGGUGUGGCUGUCCGUGAUCCAGCUGUGGCACUACCUCUUCAUCGGCAUGCUCAACUCUCUGCUGACCAACUUGGCGGGCGGGGACAGGACUCAGGUCAGCGCCUACACCAACGCCUUUGCCAUCACUCAGUUCUUCGGAGUGCUGUGUGCCCCCUGGAACGGGCUGCUCAUGGACCGGCUUAAGCAGAGGUACCAGAAGGAAGCGAAAAGGACAGGUUCUUCCACUGCCGCUGUGGCCCUCUUGUCGGCAGUGCCUUCACUGACCCUGACGUCUCUGCUGUGCCUGGGCUUCGCCCUCUGUGCCUCCAUCCCUGUCCUCCCCCUCCAGUACGUCACCUUCAUCCUGCAGGUGGUCAGCCGCUCCUUCCUCUAUGGGGGCAACGCUGCCUUCCUCACUCUCGGUUUUCCUUCAGAGCACUUUGGAAAGCUCUUUGGACUGGUGAUGACCUUGUCAGCCAUUGUGUCCCUGCUGCAGUUCCCCCUCUUCACCCUCAUCAAAGGCCCCCUCCAGAACAACCCCUUAUACGUGAACGUGACGCUGUUGCUCACCACUCUUCUGACGUUCGUCCACCCCUUCCUGGUGUACCGGGAGUGCCACUCCUGGAAGGAAGACCCCUCUGAACCAUGAGCUCAGAAUCCCUCCCUGGAUGCUUCUCAUUAUUGUUCCCUGCCUUUGAGCACCCGUGCCCAUGGACUUUGUCUACCCAGGUUACUUGUAUUAAGUAGUCAUUAUUUUUUUUCUAAAGAGAGAGAGAGAGAGAGAGAGAGAGAGAUAUGUUUAACUGCUCACCAGGUUUCUGAUCAGCAAGAAGGGAAUCUCAGUUGCCUACAAACCCAAGGCAAAGGCUUGUGGAUCUUCUCCUUGGUUCCAAAGCAGGAAGUGACUCUCUACAUGACUCUGGCAGGCCCUUGAGAGCAAGAGAGGUGAUAUGGAGGACGAGCUGUGUCCCCUGCUUCUUUAGGCCACUCUGGCCCGGAAGCUCACAUGUGCUGGAACCUGUGCUGCCAGGUACAUUUCUAGGUGAAGUGUGAGGUCAUCAUGGCCUACUGCCUGGCGUUUAGAGGUAGACCUAGCAGCAGAACUAGCUUUCCCUCUGAAGCACAUCUUGGUUGGAGAACUUUCUAUGAGCUUCAGGAGAAAGAGGAGCAGACAGAGGCCCCUGGUGCCGGAUGAGCUUGGGUGCCCUGUUUUGGUCUGAGCAUCACUUUUCCCGUGUGUAAAAUGAGAGAGUCCCAGGUUCUUUCUGGAGCUAAUGUCCUGGAAAGUCUUAGGAACAGUGACAGGGAGUCCACCUGCCCAAGGACCUUAGGAACCAGCUGACCCACUUGCCAGAAGAAAGUCUGAUGAACCCUCCUGGGGAUAUUUUCCUCCUCAGGAAGGGGGAUAGUUAUUUACUUUCUGGCAUUUUAUAAAACAUUUUUAUAUGGGAUAAUUUUGUAUAAAAAUAAAGACUCUGUGUCUAAGACCA